UCGAUGUAACACCGCCCCUAGAUUUAGAAUUCAGACGCGCACACCUUCUUUCUCUGAUCCGCUAUUCCUGUUCCUCUUUUUCAGGGUUCUUCCAUCAACAUCACAUCACACCACCGCUCUCUCUUUCUUUUCAAUUCCACCCUCCAUCAUCUUCUUUCAACCCCUUUCUUUCUUUUCUUUCUUUCUUCUUUAUAUUAUUAUUAUUAUUAUUAUUCACAGACCUCAAUUCCAAUCAUCAUGCCUCUUCAUCCACACCAUGUCCAUGGUGACCAUUCUCAAUCUCAAUCCCGACCAAAACCAAACCCCAACCUCCUUUCCCUAUUCCUGAAAUCUAUCAUCAUGCUCCUUCUCACCUCUCUCUUCUUCCUCUUUCUCGGCUUCGCCGCCUUCGUCCUCCUCCACCUCUUUCUCAUUGGCGGUGCCGUCCACCGCCUUCGCUCCCGCCCCGCCCCCACACGCUUCUCCGCCACCCCUUCCAACAGGUUCUCCCCUCGCGACGUUAGCAAGCUCCCCCACUUCCGGUUCUCCAUGGGAUCCGAACCCGAACCCGAACCCGAUUCACAUUGCGUUGUCUGUUUGGAUGGCUUCCGUUACGGCCAGUGGUGCAGAAAUCUCCCCGGAUGCGGUCACGUCUUUCACCGGAGAUGCAUCGACACGUGGCUCGUCAAGGUCGCCGCUUGCCCUACAUGCCGGACACCUGUUCGAUUGAAUGGUUCUCUCCUUGAUGUACCAAGAGACGGUUCCACGCAAUUUUGGACCUGCGAAACUAACACCAAUGCUCUCACCAUUUUGUAGCUUGUAAGUUUUAAUUUCUUUAGCUUUUUGGAAACUAUGUAAGAUUAAGAUUAAGAUUAAGUCUUUUUUUUUUUUUUUGUCUUUUUUUUUCCUUUCUCCCUGUAUGUAUAGUUUCUCGUACAUUAAUUGCAACA